UUUCAACUUCGCCGUGUCGAGCUGCUGAACAUUUUCACCUGAUUUACCUCUCCGUUCUCUCGUUCGAUACACCACUUUUGACACAGAGCUAAUCGAUUUCAUCCCUUGUGUUUUUUUUCUUCGCUUACGCGUUCGAAAGAUUUUUGCUUGAUAUCCGGACUUACCACCCACCGAAGCCAGGCGCUAUUCGAGUGGAAUCAAGAGAAAAACAAAAGAAACCGAUUAAUUCAAGGAGAGAAAAAUCAUUUGGAACAUCUUCUAUUCUUUGCCGAUUUCUAUUUUCACGUCAACUUUUUCCUUCACUACUGGCACUCACACCAACAGGCGUAGGCAAAUAAAGCAACAACAAAAAAAAACAAUACUAACCUGAGAGGCUGAGAAAAAUUCUCUGGAUCAAAAAUUUGCGCAUUCAGAGCGUGUGAGUGUGUGAGUUUAUGGAGAUCUAGAGCAUCGGUAGGAUAGGGGAAGUGAAUUUUCCAAGCGAGAGUAUAUGCUGCCCAUCAGCUGCAGUCGCGUGAGAGAAGACGAAAAUCAUCUAGUGAAAGUGCGUAAGCACAUGUGAGCAAGUGUUAGUGAGUGAAGCACACACACACACACACAGAGCACUUUUUUAAUCAACUGAGCGGAUCUUCUAGUGAGCACGUGUGCAACAAGAGCUGGUGGUCCUAGCCAGAACCUACUAGGAUCUGGGAUUCCAGCGCCUACUACAGAGGUACUUAUUUAUUCUCUUCUUGCGUAUCCCCAGUAGCGGAGACGCAACAGCAGGCUGCGCUGUUCUUUUUGUUGUUGCCGAAAGCAAUCAAAGGAAAGUAAAACAAUAGUAAACGUAGUGAACAUAACGUAGAAUAAAAUUUGCAUCAGUGCGAUUGUUGGUGAAUUGUGAUUUGCAUUUGCGGAAGCAAGAAGACCGAGCUAUCAUCAUGGCCGAUGAAGAUGGCGUUUUGGAAGAGAUCCCCGAGGGGGAGAAUAAGUUCGCGAUGCGUAACCGUGGCCGGAAAGGUGCGCUCAAGAAGAAGAACGUCUAUAAUGUCAAGGAUCAUCGUUUCAUUCCACGCUUCUUCAAGCAACCCACGUUCUGUUCGCACUGCAAGGAUUUCAUCUGGGGAUUCGGAAAACAAGGCUUCCAAUGUCAAGUUUGCUCCUUCGUCGUCCACAAGCGAUGCCACGAGUACGUCACCUUCAAGUGUCCGGGUGCGGAUAAGGGCGCGGAUUCAGAUGAUACGCGUACCAAGCAUGAGUUUAAAGAGUGGACUUAUUCGAGUCCCACCUUUUGCGACCAUUGCGGUUCGCUGUUGUACGGUUUGAUCCAUCAAGGGCUAAAGUGUUCAGCAUGUGAUAUGAACGUACACAAACGGUGCGAGGAGAGCGUGCCGAAUCUGUGCGGAUGUGACCAUACCGAACGGCGAGGACGCAUCCAGCUGGCCACUUCGAACCAGGGCAACAAGCUCAACAUUGAAGUCAAACAGGGUCGCAAUCUCAUUCCGAUGGAUCCAAACGGUUCGAGCGAUCCGUAUGUGAAGAUCAAGCUCAUCCCGGAUGCGGAUAAUGUCAAGAAGAAAACCAAGACCAUCCGAGCGUCGCUGAAUCCGGUGUGGAACGAGACCAUCUCAUUUGAUCUCAAACCGGAAGACAAAGAUCGUCGCAUAUUGAUUGAGGUUUGGGAUUGGGAUCGAACCUCUCGGAACGAUUUUAUGGGAUCGCUGUCCUUCGGCAUCUCGGAGAUUCUGAAGAAUCCCGUCGAUGGAUGGUUUAAGUUGCUCACCGCGGAGGAAGGUGAGUACUACAACGUUCCGGUUCCUGAGGAAGGAACCGAUCUGGUGCAGCUGAAGAGCCAAAUGAGGAAGACAUCCAUUACGAAAAAGAUGCCCGUGCUGGGCGAUAAGGAUGUUCCUCAUAACAUGGGCAAAAAGGACGUGAUACGGGCCACGGACUUCAACUUCCUGAUGGUUCUGGGCAAAGGAUCGUUCGGAAAGGUCAUGCUAGCUGAGCGGAAGGGUUCGGACGAAUUGUAUGCGAUUAAAAUUCUCAAAAAGGACAUCAUCAUCCAGGAUGAUGAUGUCGAGUGCACUAUGGUGGAAAAGCGGGUGCUGGCACUGUCAAGCAAACCACCCUUUCUGGUGCAGCUGCAUUCGUGUUUCCAAACCAUGGAUCGGCUGUAUUUCGUAAUGGAAUACGUCAACGGGGGUGAUCUCAUGUUCCAAAUUCAACAGUGUGGCAAGUUCAAGGAGCCGGUUGCCGUCUUUUACGCUGCCGAGAUCGCCAUCGGUUUGUUCUAUCUACAUGCGCGCGGAAUUGUGUACCGUGAUUUGAAGCUGGAUAACGUGUUGCUGGACCAAGACGGACAUAUCAAGAUUGCGGAUUUUGGCAUGUGCAAGGAGAACAUCAUCGGCGAUAAAACCACGAAGACAUUCUGCGGCACACCGGAUUACAUCGCACCGGAGAUCAUUUUGUACCAACCCUAUGGCAAAUCGGUCGACUGGUGGGCAUACGGUGUGCUGCUUUAUGAGAUGCUGGUUGGGCAGCCACCGUUCGACGGAGAGGAUGAGGAGGAACUGUUCGCUGCCAUCACAGACCACAACGUUUCAUAUCCGAAGAGUUUGAGCAAGGAAGCUAAGGAUGUGUGCAAGGGGCUUUUGACCAAAAAUCCGCAGAAACGCUUAGGCUGUGGACUACGCGGCGAAGAGGAUGUCAGAGUUCAUGCUUUCUUCCGCCGCAUCGACUGGGAGAAGAUUGAAAAUCGUGAAGUGCAACCUCCAUUCAAACCGAAAAUUAAACAUCGCAAGGAUGUGUCCAAUUUCGAUCGGCAGUUCACAUCGGAGAAGACCGAUUUAACGCCUACCGACAAAUUGUUCAUGAUGAAUCUGGACCAGACGGAGUUUACCGGAUUCUCAUAUCUCAACCCAGAGUUUGUGCAACACAUCUAAGGAAUUGAAAUGGUCAUCAGCAGGGCCACAGUAUAUGCCAAUCAUGUUAGAGAAUUGUUUUAACAACUAAGUGGCGGUUCGUAGUCGUAACCAAGACCAAUGCCACAUACCCGAAGUAACCCCAGCAUUUGAAUAUUCUGCUCAAAACUCCAAUGUCGUGCAAAACCGUAGCAGAGUGUUUAGCAAGCAAAUCCAAAGAUAUGGAACACCGAUUUUAACUUGUAAGAAUCAUAGGUGAAUCUCUUGUCCGUCUUCUUGGAGGAUCGGAGACUGUUUCAAGCAUUUCAAACUACUUUCCCUGAAGCACUUUCUCACAUCCCUGUCUGGUCUUCCUCUCGUACCGACAAACGAAGAAAGCGGAGGGACAGAAGCCCUUCCUUUGUCUACCUAUCAUUUAAAGCUUAAUGCGUCUCAGUGCCAUUCAAAGCGAAGGAUACAAAAGUCCAGGCCAAAUAUUCUUGUAGUGAUGUUGUUUCUACUAAUACAGCACCUUGUUAUAUACUAUACACAAACACUCACAAACCAUACACACAUCUGUUCACACAUUUAAUAGCGAAUAAGAUGUGAAAACUUGUUUAAUUCCUUAUUUAAUAUACGAAUAAAAGCAUUGGUUCUAUUAAA